AUGGACGGGGCCCAGGAGUCUCCCGUGCAAUUUUUAGCUCGGGUUCGUCAGUACUUUGCGGGGCUGUGCCAGUGCCUGCAGAACUUCUGGAACAGUGUCAAGGCCUUUUUCGUGAAGAAGGAAAAGGAAGAACAUCUCCCUCCAGGGGACAAUAUUUUUCACAAUGAAAAAAUAGUGGUGCUGGGCCAGGUGUUGAAGAACAAAUCUCUAGCCGUUGAAAAGAGGGUCCGGGCCGCCUACCAGAUCGGACUAUUGGUCUUCACAGGAGGCCCCACGGCGGGGAGGUUUGCGGCCGAGCACAUGAAGGAGGUGGCCCUCUUGCUGCAAAAUCGCCAGUUGGCACCGAGGGCGAGGAUCCUGCUGCUGCAGAGCCUGGCGUGCUGGUGCUAUCUGGAUCCCGCCAGCCAGCACCGGGCCCAGUUUCUCAAGUUCAUCCCCAUCCUCACCGCAUUUUUCGAUGACUCACAGGAGUCAACCUCCAAGAGUGAGGUCAACAGCCACCUGCUGGUGAAAUUCUGGACGUGCUAUGUCCUCUCUGUCAUGACCUGCAACAACUCGGCCUUCGUGGAGGAGCUGAAGGAGCACGUAGCCCUCAGGAGCCACCUGCAGCUGCUGGCCAGUGAGAACUGGAACGGGUGGCCCGAGAACUUCGCCCAGGUGCUGUAUUUCCUGAUCGGUUUCCACAGGAACUAA